AUGGCUUCUGCUAAUAAGUUUCACUCAUGCCCGAGCGUUCCGAUGCUAUUGGUUCUCUUCUUCCUCGUGAUCAAUAUCACUCCAUCCUCGAGCCAAGACACCCAGCAACUGAUCGAUCAUAUUUGCAGGCAGAUGGAGGAGUACGGAUUUUGCAGCCAAACCUUCAAAGAGAACUUGAAAUCUCCAAACUCCGAUAUCGUCGCCCUCACCCAAAUAACCAUAGAGCGUGCCACAGACAAUGCCACCAAAACGCACGACUUUAUCAGGCAACUGCUUGACAACACAACCGACAUAGCAUUCAAAAACGCCCUCACUGCAUGUGAGAAUGGUUACCGUGUAGUGAUGGAAUCGUUCGAUUCGGCUGCAGUGUCGUUUUUCCAGAAGGAUUACGACAGUGUGGAGAAGGCUGAGAGGGUGACGCCGAGAGCAGAAUCCAGCUGCGAAGAAUCGCUUAGCACACAGCCUAAUACUCAGAAUCCGUUGAAUGAUAGAAAUAGGCAGAUGAGGAUUUUGAUUGCUAUGGCUUUGGUUUCUGCGCAUGAACUAAGUCAAGCAUAA